CCACAAUUAUAUGGUGAUAAUAUGACUCGAACUUUUGCAUACUGGACUGGUGAUGGUGGUCACAAGACAGGUUGCUACAACACUCUUUGCAAAGGUUUUGUUCAAGUUCAUCAAACAUACACUCCCGUUAUGUUUUUCCAAAACACGUCACAAGUACGAAAACCACCGGUUGCAUUUACUGUGGAGAUUUCUAGGGAACCUGGAACAGGAAAAUGGUGGUUGAUGAUUGAAAAAGACAUCAAAAUUGGAUAUUGGGCAAAAGAUCUAUUCCCACUAUUUAGACCGGGAGUUGAGUAUAUUUAUUGGGGCGGUCGUGUAAAAUCUGGUAAAGACGGAGUUAGCCCAGCAAUGACUAGCGGCAUAAAUCUUAAUAGAUUCCAAGAGACCACGGGAUUUUUUGAUGCACUCAAACUCAAGGACAAGAACGAUCAUAAUUUAGAACCAGUACGAAAACACCUAGAAGAUACUAUUGAUUGUCCAAAGUUCUAUGGUGCGAAAUAUUGGGCCGAUAAUAAUAUCGUGCUUUUUUCCGGAAGAGGUGGUGGUACUUGUGUCUGAAAAAGAUUUAUGCUAAAAAUGAUGGGAAAGAAACAUAUAAUUUCGAUUAUAAAUUCUUGUUUUUGGACGUAAGACUAAUUAUUAACAUUAAUAAAGUUCUCAUCUUUAGCUUG